UUAUUGUCGGCGAAAAAAGGAAACAAAAGCCGACAUCGAUCUUUGGUUGCGGUACGGACUAGCUUCUUUUUUCGCUUAAAAAAAAGAAAUAACGAAUUUUCGCGUAAUGUCGGUGGUGCUAGUGCAUUAAUAAACACAAAAUAACUUUUUGUGUACGUAUUGUUCGCAAUAUUAUGUCGUAUGUGUGCUUAGUGUAAGUUUCCAGUUACUCGCUAAGUGAAGUGAUUUUUGUGCUGUGACAAAUAAUUAUCUUCCUGAUUAUCUUACUUCAAGCCUAUUGUGCAUGAUUCUACCAGGCGUUUACGCGCGACGGAUUGCCAUUACGAUUUAUUGAACGAGCGGAUAAGCGGUUAAAAUGGCGGAUACAGACACCGAGACGCUGCCAAACGGCAACGCUACUCUUUCAGCAGAAGAAGAAGAGAGAUUAAAGCAGAGACCAGCUGAUAUUGACGCUGAUGUUCGCGAAAUGGAGCGCCGGAAGCGAGUCGAAGCCCUUAUGUCUUCGAGGCUGUUCCGGGAAGAACUGGAACGGGUCUUGGACCAGCAGAUGCAUGAGGGUAACGAUGCGCCAUUGCUGCAACGCAUCAGGGAGAUGGUUGGAGGCAGGCUGCAUACGGGGAGUUUGAGGGGCCCGAGUUGUGUGCUUCCCAUCAAUGAUAUUCGUGGUAUCGAAGGCGUGGGUUACGAGAAGGGAGAGAAGAUACUGCGUUGCAAGCUGGCUGCUGUCUACCGCCUUGUUGAUUUGUUUGGAUGGACGCAGACUGGUUUCACGGGCCAAAUAACAGCUCGGCUGAAUACGGCGGUAGAACAAGUGCUGACCACGCCCCGCGGUCUCCUACCGCAUGAGGUGACCGCAUCAUCUCUGGUCAAAGUGGAUAUGCAGGGGACUGUAGUUGACCAGGGGACAACCAAUUUCCCUGUAAAUGUUGAAGGUUUCUCCCUCCAUGCAAGCGUGCAUGCAGCUCGUCCGGAUAUCCGGUGCGUGCUUCACUUGCGUUCGCCGUCCGCUCUCGCUAUAUCUUCCACCAAGCGAGGUCUUCUCGCUCUCUGCUCGGAGGCUGCCACGCUUGGCGUCCUGGCCUACCAUCGAGUGCCAUUGGGUGUCCUUGAUAACGAAGAGUGUGAUAAACUUGUGAGAGCCCUCGGACCACACUCCAAGGUGCUGAUGCUGAGUUGUGGAGGUGCCUUAUGCUGUGGAGCAACCUUGGAAGAGGCGUUUUACCAAGCGAAGAACUUGAAUACAGCAUGUGAGGUCCAAUUGCGUCUGGCGACACUGCCGUUGGACGAGUUGAAUGUGUUUGAUGAAGAGACAGCGAAGCAGAUCUACGAUUCCACCCACAAACCACCAGCUGAUGAGAAGAAAUGGCGUGUUGGUGGAGAGGAAUUCGAAGCUUUGAUGCGUAUGCUGGACAAUGCUGGCUUCCGUACAGGAUACAUCUAUAGACAUCCACUUGUUAAGAACGACGUCCCCAAACCGAAGAACGACGUAGAAGUACCACCGGCUGUCUCAUCUCUGGGAUAUCUUCUAGAAGAGGAAGAGUUGUACAAGCAAGGGAUAUGGAAGAAGGGCGGCAAGACAGGUGAACGAACCCGCUGGCUGAACUCGCCGAACGUCUACCAGAAGGUGGAAGUACUGGAGACAGGAACCACUGAUCCCAAGAAGAUCACCAAGUGGGUCGACGCUAACAACGAAGAGUGGGUGCAAGAUGGCUCUCCCGCGCACUCGAGUACGCCUGUCAAAAUCGACACACUGCAAUUUGUGCCUAAAAACACGAAUCCCAAGGAGUUUAAGCAGCUGCAGCAGCAGAUUAAAGAAAAUCGACGCGCUGACAAGAUCAGUGCAGGACCGCAGUCGCAUAUUUUAGAAGGUGUGACAUGGGAUGAAGCAUCCAAGCUAGUUGGUGAAGAUGCUGCUAACACACAUACCGGAGAUCACGUUGUGCUCAUGGGCGCAGCAUCGAAGGGUAUAAUUCAGCGGGGUUACCAACACAAUGCAACUGUGUAUAGCGCACCGUACGCCCGUAAUCCAUUCGAUCAUGUAACCGACACCGAAAUUGAUGAGUACCGACGCAUUGUUGAACGCAAGCAGCGUAGCGAGUACGACACUGACUUAUCUGAGUCGGAGGCGAUAAGCGCCGCUCAAAUCACUUCGCCGGCCAGCGCUCCCUCUGAGACUGAAGAAGAAUCGCGAGAUGAGCAUCGUGUCCUCAGAAUAGAGACAAAACAGGCUCCUGUGAGGAGCCAACCUGAAGUGGUACUGAGCGAUGUUGAUACAACCGAUUUCUUGGCUGCCGAACGCGACCACGCCGAUAGGACUAGAGAUCCGAACCUGCUGUCUGACGACGAGGUCUUCUUGGAUUCCUCUUCCAUCCCAUCUGGUGUUACUUCCCCAAGUAUCCCAGAAACGUCGAUUAUUCCCCAACACGUCAUUGUUCGUACACAGUACGCUGCCGUUCAGCAGACUGUGAAAGGUGAACACACUCUGAACGGAGAUCAUUCGGACGCGCAUCAAAGCACCUUUUCCCACAGCAGUAAAGAGGGUUCUCCAUCCAAGGAAAUUUCCACCGAGGACUCGCCUAAAAAGGACAAAAAGAAGAAGAAGGGCUUGAGAACCCCUUCCUUCCUCAAGAAGAAGAAAGAAAAGAAGAAGGAGAAGUCUAGCACGCCGCAACCAGCUUAGAGAUAAUAUUGACAAACUACACUGCCAUCUCGCUUUCAGAAUACGUGUAAUGUUAAGAGUUUAAUUUUAUCGCUUGGUUUACCCACCUAUGGCGGGCCGGUUAAAAGAUAAAACAACCAGUAAACAAUUCGUAACUAGAUCUAGGUCCGUAUUAAGUAGGUCAAAACCUUAAUCUAGUUUCAAGAGCUAGAUACUUCACUUACGAAAAUGGAUCUUUGAUAUUUAAUAUACAUGCUAGUGUUCAUGGCAGUUACAUUCCCUGUGUAAUGUUAAAAAUGGGUAAUAAUAACGCUAGAUGGCGCUGUGGGGUUUUAAAACGCGCUAUCGUUGCAUUGCAUAAAUAAAAUGUCGAGUGGAAAUGAUAUGAUUUUAGUCAGUUUCGAACGACACGAUCGCUAAGAUGCACGCUUUAGCUUACUAAAGACUCAAUAAUAUAUGUUCGCUGAGUUAACAUUGAUAAUUAGAACUGUUUUAUUUUUCUUGUUGCAAAUUGGAUAGGUAUUGGUUGUUUUAUUUCUUAAUUUUAGGCUCUGGGCAUCGCUUGCUUAUUCAGAACUAAAUCACUGUGGUUAGAAACAGGCCGCUAAAAAGUCGGCGUGAUAGACCUUGUCUGCUUUUUGUAUCUACCCACUUAAAUAAAAUAUUUUUAAAUAAACUGACUAAUGAAAUUAUAUAACUAAUUGUGUUAUUGCACGAACAAUUGUAUUGUCUUUAUAAACAUUUAGUUCUGAAUAAGUCAUAUAAAAGCUAAAACGCAGAAUUUUGCAUAAAAUUAAUUUUUCGUAUGGCAAUAAAUUGAAACUUGCCAAGCCCAAUGUUGAUAUUUUAGAUUUUGUUUUAAUAAUUUUAUUUGUGUCCGCGAGUUUUGUUCGAUUGAAUACUCAAUGAAAUUAUUGCGUUGAUUUGAAUGAAAUUUUUAAAUUUGUUGGUGUUCAAAACAAGCGGACGGUGCAUUGCAUAUUUUUUAUAUUAGCAUGUAAUGCUUAAAUGUUGGGAUUCGCCCUACGCCAUUCGUGCUUUUUAAAUGUGCACGCAUACAUUCCGCAAAAUGGCGGACGUGUAUUGUGUUGCCAUUACAAAUUUAAUAUAAUAUAUAGCACUAUGAAUGUACAUUUAAGAAUUUAUCGGCUAGCCUACUUUGGUAGAUUUUUAAAUUAUUUUACGCCCUGAUUUAUUCAACAUGGCGGCGGUUCUAAAUGUCACUUCACAGAAUUGUUGACUAGCAACACUGACGUCAAAGCCGCCAUGUUGGAGUAAUCAUUAAGUACAGUUUGUUACUUUUACGAUAAUUUUACAAGAAAUUAUAUUUUUUUCUAUUAUUUUUUUUCUGGGUUUUAUCAAUUUGACAUUACCUAGAAAUAAGUCUAGCGUUGUUAAAAUGACAAGUUGAUUUUUAUUAAAGCGUUGUAGUAGGACGGACUUUGGGCCAUAGAUUUAAUUAUUAACACCAGUGUUGCCAUUAAAUAUUUUCCCAUGUUUUAGAUAUUUUUACACUUUUUUUGCUACUUUAUAGUAUGGUUUUAGUAUUUUGUUAAACGCCACCUGGUGUUAAAGUUAAAUAUGGUUCAAUAUUCUGUAUUUACAAAAUAUUAUUAAGGCAUUCGGCUUUAUAAGUGGAAUACUUAGUUUGCCUCUAUCUAUAAAUAAUUCAGUUGUGUCGUUGACCUAUCAAAAAUGGUGCAAUACAAUUUGAUCAAAUUCGACCUGUGUAUUAGCCGUAAUGAUCAACUUUUAAGAUUUUUUUGAAGAUUUACCUGUGGGCUUAUUUUUUCUACUUAACUAUAAAUUAGUGAAAUUUAGGGCCGAUAUUAAACCAACAUGAUUGGUCAAUAAUAUUCUUAAUUAUCCACUUAUAAAACUGAAUUAUUCUGUACUCUUUAAAAUUAUGACACUGGCAUUCUAUGCAAUUUUGUGUAUUUGUAUUGAAAUAAAUUAUUAGUUUUAA